AUGCUAGAGCCUGUCCAUAUCGAACACGGCCACGCUAAAUGGCUUGCGAACAUUCGAGAAGCGUUCGAGAGAGACAUCGGCCAGUAUAGAGUCUUUUGGGAAGAAUACCAACACUGGUGUCAAAAUGAAGACACUGAACCACGUGAUAUAGGCAUGAUCAAUUAUACCUAUAGAGUGAAGACCGCUACAGAACCAGUUCAACCUGAAACCGUCAAAGAAAAAUCAAAAUCCAAGAUUGAAACAAACACUAAAAUGACAUUAGGCUCCUUACCAUCUAAUAACAUGCCAGGUUUAUCACAGUACUUCCAUGAUAUAAUGCUUAAUAAAAACAUCCACAUGCCAGUUUCAAUUUUUGACCCGACUUGGAUUAUACAAGACUCUAUCUUCAUGAAAAGUAGAUCAUUAAAGACCAGCUGUUCGACAAAUAUCAUUUCUUAUGUGGGAUUACCCUAUGUAAACGAACAUAGAUUAACGCCAAUGCAGUGGUCAACUCGUUACGAUUUAAUGGUCAAAUAUCAAGAGGAGAAGUACGAUGUAUUAGAUUCUCAAAAAGACUCACCAAUAGCACCAAGAUUGAAAGUUCAUAAAGAGAAUGUUCUAGCUAUCCAAGCAAAAUGCUAUGGGAAGUGGACUCCUGCUAUGCGUUAUGAUAUCGCACAUCGUCGCAAUGUCUGGGAGAAUCGGUUACCAGAUGGCUCAAUGGCCGAUGUCGGAAUGCUGAAUGAAGAAUUGGCUGAUCGAGCGAAAGAAGAUGCGAAACAUUUCAACGAUUAUAAGUACAUCGAUAACCCAUAUGCCUUUGGAAAUGUCAUGCAACACAUAAGCCCUAUUAACGGGGAGACUUACCCGGAGAAUGCCUCGUGGGACUCCAAUACUGCUUUAAUUGACACUCAAGCGGAUAUGUUGACAGGAAGGAGUUUAUCGUCAAUCACUAACCAACCGGUGUCGCAACCUUUAGCAAGAAUGUCAGCGUCGGGUAAAGUAGGAGGUAAUGGAUUUAAGGGUAGACAUUACAACCCGGCCUUUGACCGUACUAGCCCACUUUAUGACCGAAAUGCUACUCAUCCUGCGCCGUAUUAUAAUCCGAACCACUAUACAAAUCCAAGUCCGACAAUCUACCAAAAUGACUUUUAUCAGAAUACUAGAGGAGGUCGAGGAGGUGGUAGAGGCAGUGCGCAAAGGGGAGGUAGAGGAUGGACAGCUGGCCGAGGUGGAGGCACUUGUCCUGCAAUAGGCCCUGGGAGUCAUGACAAAUCGAUGGCAAAUAAAGGUGGAGAGAAAUCUGUCGAAGGUGCAGCAUCAGGUUCAACGUGA